UUUACAUGGUGCGUAUGUAUAUGUGUAUUUUAUUGACAGUACGUCAUAUAACGAGAGUAUACGUAUACGAAUGACUUAAAUACUGUCAGUAUAUGCGAUUUUCCAUAGAGUGUAUCCUCAAAUUUUGAUAAAUAUAACAAAACGCGAAAAGUAUCGCAUCUCUGUGUUUAUGUCAAAUGCAUCAAAUUUUUAUCCUCUAAUAAUAAUCCAAAAAAACAUGCGCGGAGACAGAGGUUAUAUGCGUUAAUUACAAGUUGACACAGUUCGAUCAAUCGACAUAUAUUAUAUAUCAACAAUCGAAUGACGCAUAUUAAUGAAACAAUGAAUAUAAUGAAUAAAGUGGAAGAGGAGCACAUUGAAAAGACAUUUAUCUACAAAUUUCCAACAUGCACUACAAAUCAAGAAUAUACAUUGGAAGUUCCAAUAAAAAUACCAUAUCAUGGAUCCAUAAGAGAAUUGAUGCAUCGUAUAAUGUCAUCGUUCAAGCUACCAUGUUAUGUAGAAUCAGACUUAUUAGAAGCUCUACAACGUAGUAUCAAAGAGUUUACGCUGCAGUUUUAUGAUGAUAAGUCAGAAAAACUUAUCGAAGCUGCUAAAACAGGCAGUUUGGAUUUAGAAGACAUAAUUAAAAAUUGGGAGAAGGUAUACAAACAGAAGACAGUAGAAUACUCUGAUCCUAUUGGAACCACAGAUGAGGAAUUAUUUGCAGCAGCUUAUCACAGAUUAGUACAUUCUCCAUCUUUAGAACCAAUUUUGCAAGCAGAGCACAAAUUUGGACGGGAUGUCACUGAAGUAAUUCAAAUGAGAAAUACUGACUAUGAGCAUCUCACACAAAAACAGACCGACGAAAUGCGCAUUGCUGUCGAGGCUCUCGAGGCAGGAUCCACCGAAAAAUCAAUAAACGAUAUGGCAGGUAGACAUUUUGAGGAGCAGAGCUUAUUACAAGGUUACUGGGGAUCUAGAGUCGAUGCUUUAAGAUUAGAUCAACGGCGACAGUAUCGAAAUUGGAUCAUGAGGAUGCUCGAGGAACAACAAACUAGUAUGAUACCCACACCGGUUGGUUCGCCUAUGAUACCAUUGCCACCAUUACGUCCGGCUUUAGACAAAUUCGUGCAUAGUGAAGAAAAACAUACGACCGAUUAUCCUCUAUUGGAAGAAAGCUUUACGAUACAUUUGGGAUCGCAGAUGAAACAAAUGCAUAACAUACGUAUAUUGACCGGAGAUGUGCUAGACUUUUGUCGCACGAAAAAUAGCGAAUCUGGGAUGGAUCCAACGCCGCAAAGAUUGCAAACAGCUUUAGGAUUAUAUUCGAACGAUUUGUGCGGAUUAGUUCUUUUAAGUGAUAAUCAUUUAGGCAGUUAUUCCGGAAUAACGAAAGAAUUAUGCUCGAUAUGUCAGUUAACGACAGAAUUUCAUUUCCCGCCGAUCGAUGAGCAGUUGGAAAAAAUUAAGGAAGACGUGAAAGAUGCCGUAGCCUGGAGACAAGCGCAUUACAGAGAAGGAAGUGAUCCUCAUACGAAAAAAUCCACGACGAGUAAAAGCUUGCAAACGGGCGAUGUUUUUAUCACGAGACAUUCCAAUUUAGCACAAGUUCACGUAGUAUUUCAUAUGGUGGUGAAUGACUCUUUAAGAUCUGGUGAUAUCAAUUCAAGGCAUCCCGCUAUUCUGGGACUGAGAAACAUUUUGAAGACUGCGUGUUGCAACGAUGUGACGACACUAACAAUACCCGUGCUACUUGUCCACGAAAUGUCAGAGGAUAUGACGGUCGCCUGGUGCACGAAGCGAGCAGAGCUAGUCUUCAAGUGCGUGAAAGGUUUCAUGAUCGAAAUGGCGUCUUGGGGUGGAGCCGAGCUAAAGAAUCUCCAGUUUCUCGUGCCAAAAGGAAUGUCGGAGGAGGUGUUCGGAACAUUAGCUACAAUGCUGCCCAGCAUAUUUCGAGUAUCAAAUCCGCUGGUUUUUAAGGCCACCAGCACCCCACAAACCCCGAAAAAGUAAAUGAUUCUUGCCUCUGUUAUCGUUGCGCAUACACGCUCGCAUAGGAAAUAUUGCAAUGUUUAUUAUUAUAUAUAUAUAUCAUCGCUCAUAUGCAAUCGCAAUUAUUCAUUGCAGCCGCGAAAAAGAUACGAAUGUGAAUAAAUAUCUUUUAAUGAG